AUGGUUCAGAUUCCCGCUUUGAAGUUUUGGUUUGUGCUUUGGACAAGUGAGUGUUGGUAUAUUGGCAUGGACGUGCCUGAUAAGGAGAAUACAAGCCAGCCCUUGUUUGAGUUCAGCAACUGCUAUAAAGUUGCAAGCCUUAGCGAGACCAUUCUAAACCCGGUUCAUGUUUCAAACUUGAAAGAUCGAUAUUUGCUCGGGGAACAGUUAGGUUGGGGUCAGUUUGGCGUGAUAAGAGUAUGUUCUGAUAAGUUAACAGGAGAGAGACUCGCUUGCAAGUCUAUUUCCAAAGACAGACUUGUAACACGGGACGACAUGAGGAGCGUCAAGCUUGAGAUUGGAAUAAUGACCAAAUUAGCCGGGCACCCGAAUGUCGUUAAUCUCAAGGCAGUUUUUGAGGAGGAGGAUUAUGUGCAUCUCGUGAUGGAAUUAUGUGCAGGUGGUGAGCUUUUCCACCAGCUUGAGAAAUAUGGAAGAUUUUCCGAGUCUCGGGCUAGGGUUCUUUUCAAGCAUCUGAUGCAAGUUGUCAAGUUUUGUCAUGAUAAUGGUAUUGUUCACAGAGAUCUGAAGCCUGAAAACAUUCUGUUGGCCACGACGUCUUCUUCAUCUCCCAUUAAACUGGCAGAUUUCGGUCUGGCAACCUUUAUCAAAUCUGGCGAAAAGUUGAAUGGAACCGUUGGUAGCCCGUUUUAUAUAGCUCCGGAAGUAUUAUCUGGGGGCUAUAAUCAAGCUGCUGAUGUAUGGAGUGCUGGAGUUAUUUUGUACAUUCUUCUCAGUGGGGUCCCACCCUUUUGGGGAAAGACUAAGUCGAAGAUUUUUGAUGCUGUCAGGGCUGCAGAUUUGAGAUUUCCUCCUGACCCAUGGGACCGUAUAACUUCUUCGGCUAAGGCCUUGAUCCAGGGAAUGAUCAGCAUAGAUCCUUCCCAACGAUUAACGGCUGACCAGGUUUUAGCUCACUCCUGGAUGGAGCAAUUAUCUGAAUCAGCUCAAGAAAACUAUGAUCGCAAUGGCUUUGGAUGCGAAGGGAUGGAGAUCGGGGGAGAUUCUUUCUCCACCCAAUACGUUUCCCGUGAUCAAGAUUAUAGCUUUAAUGUCGGCCAAUAUGUGCAAUCAACGGGACAGAACUCGUUCUCGUCUUUCCUAGUUGCGGAUAACACCCCGGCACUUGGAGGGUUUUCUUUCGAUGGGCACGCAGAAUGUGCCUCAGAUGGAUUCUUGACCGGAUUUCCCUCGAUGCCAAGCUUUACCUUUUUCAGUCCAGGCCCCGGGAAAGAUGAAAAACUUGAAGAGACAAGCCCGACAAAGCAUGAAACUAGGGGGGAGACAGAACCGGUGAAGACAGAGACAAGAAGGGAGAGAGCAAACUGGUCGAGAAUAUCGGGAAUGCACAGCAAGAGGAACCGAACCAUAGGGCUGGGCGAGCUCGAUCAGCUCAUCGUCGACGUUGCAGUCACAGAGUCGAUGAUCAGAUGGGCAUCUUGCACUCAUAUUCCCACCGGGCAAUCCCUCAGAUUAUCGCUCGUGUGCCGUAUUAAUCUGAUCAUUUUUCGGUUGUGUUUAUUUGAAGCUCACUCCUGGAUGGAGCAAUUAUCUGAAUCAGCUCAAGAAAACUAUGAUCGCAAUGGCUUUGGAUGCGAAGGGAUGGAGAUCGGGGGAGAUUCUUUCUCCACCCAAUACGUUUCCCGUGAUCAAGAUUAUAGCUUUAAUGUCGGCCAAUAUGUGCAAUCAACGGGACAGAACUCGUUCUCGUCUUUCCUAGUUGCGGAUAACACCCCGGCACUUGGAGGGUUUUCUUUCGAUGGGCACGCAGAAUGUGCCUCAGAUGGAUUCUUGACCGGAUUUCCCUCGAUGCCAAGCUUUACCUUUUUCAGUCCAGGCCCCGGGAAAGAUGAAAAACUUGAAGAGACAAGCCCGACAAAGCAUGAAACUAGGGGGGAGACAGAACCGGUGAAGACAGAGACAAGAAGGGAGAGAGCAAACUGGUCGAGAAUAUCGGGAAUGCACAGCAAGAGGAACCGAACCAUAGGGCUGGGCGAGCUCGAUCAGCUCAUCGUCGACGUUGCAGUCACAGAGUCGAUGAUCAGAUGGGCAUCUUGCACUCAUAUUCCCACCGGGCAAUCCCUCAGAUUAUCGCUCGUGUGCUAAAAGCAAAGGAAAAGAAAAAGGAAGCAAUUUUCAAGUGUACAGCUGGUUUUGGCAUCUGACCCAUCUGUAAAAAACUGCCGGAUCUGUCCCAAAAAAAGCUCGUGUUUCGUCGUUCAAAGCUUCAGGACCAUAGCGUGUGCAGUGGAAUUGUAUUAAACGGCGUCGUUUAACUGUUCUUGUUCUUGCGGAUACUGUUGUUUGAAUAGGAAACUCAGGGGUUUACUUACAUGAUAUAUAUAUAUAUAUAUACACACACAUGUUUGUGUGUGUAUUGUGUGUGUGAUGUGAAAAUUA